AUGGACGCGCCUAUUUCCACUGGGGAGGUGUUCCAACUGAACUCCGUCUCUGGCGGACUUCGUCCCGGGACGAUUUCCUUCAAGACGCUGACAAUGGAGAGUGACAAGUACGUGUGUGUGCGUGAUGUGCAGCCGGAUGGACAGACGUCGCUGGUUAUUGUAGACCUUGAGAAGCGUGAGAGCACCCGCAACAACAUCCGUGAUGCGGAGUCUGCGAUUAUGAACCCCAGUACGAAGAUCCUUGCCCUGCGCAGCGGACGUAAUCUUCAGAUCUUCGAUGUGGACGCGGCCCGCCGGGUGAAAGUUGUGGUUUUUCACGAGGACGUUGUCUUUUGGCGUUGGGUGGAUGACCGCACGGUUGGCAUCGUGACGGCGACGGCGGUGUAUCACUGGAGUCUCGACACCGCGGCGGAUGCGGCGCCCGUGCGGGUGUUUGAGCGGCUGCCGGAGAUGGACGCCGGCGUGCAGAUCCUCAACUACCGCGUGGAUGCGCAGCAGAAGUGGUUGAUGCUCUCCGGUGUGGCGCGGGUGGCGGAGGGAAUGGUGGGAAAGACACAGUUGUACAGCGUGGAGAAUGGGAGCGGGCGGGUCAUUGAGGGACACGCCGGUACAUUCAUCUCCACCAAUACACCAACAGAGCCACGAAUGUGUAAUGUAAUGUGUUUGGCAUGGACUAAUCCACAACAAGGAGGGAAGGUAUUGUUGAUGGAAUUACCUACCGGUACAAAGACAGAUCUCACACUCACACGACGUAUUGUAGACAUUUCACUUCCAACAGGAGAUUUUCCAGUUGCUCUAAAUGUCUCACCACGACAUAAAUUAUUAACCAUCAUGACAAGCCGUGGUAACGCCGUAUUAAUGGAUAUAUUUACAGGAGUUAUAAUAAAAGCUCAACAAGUAACUCCAAAUGUCGUGUUUUGUGGUGUCCCAUAUUCCAAAACAGGUGGACUUCUUUGUGUUAACAAUCAAGGAUCUGUUUUUCAUGUCUCACCUAAUGAUAAUGGAAUUAUACCAUUUGUUAAAAAUCAAAUGGGAAAUACAGAAUUGGCAUUACGUAUCGCAGGUUCAGCAAAUUUGGGAGGUGUAGAUGAUCUUUACCGAGUACAAUUUGAAAACAGUCUUCGUAUGGGAAAUAUAGAAGAAGCCGUUCGUAUGUGUUUACGAGCUCCUAAUAACGCCUUACGUGUUCCAGAAGUACUUGCACGUUUUGUACAUCUUCCUCCAAUGAGUGGACAACCUCCUGCUAUUUCAACCUAUUUCAAGAUUGCUCUCGCCGAGACCACAUUAAAUGCGAAUGAAUCAAUAGAACUUGCACGUGCUGUGGUUCCAAAAGGUGGUGCUGCAUAUAUUAAACAACAAUAUGAUAAUAACAAAUUGACCCCAAGUGAAGAACUUGGAGAUCUUUUGGCACAAGCAGAACCAGAUCUUGCUAUAAAAAUAUAUCACAAAGCAGAAGCUCAUGCAAAAGUUGUUAAUGUUUUACUUCAAAGGAAUGAAACUCAAAAAGCUGUUGAAUAUUGUAAAAGAGCAAAUUUUUCACCAGAUUGGCGUGUAAUUCUCAACAACUUUAUUCGCGUUAAUCCACAAAAUGCUGUGAGUUUAGCCUUAAUGCUUCAUCGUGACCUCAGUGAUAAACCUGUAUUGGAUCCAAAUGAGGUUGUAGAUAUGUUUGUAACGGCUCAACUUAUUCAACAAGCAACAGAAUUUAUUCUUGAAGUACUACGAGGUGAUAGUAGUGAAGCAACAAGAGAUCUUCAAACCAAACUUUUGGAAAUUAAUCUCAAGCACUCUCAUCCAUCUGUGGCUGAAAAAAUAUUUGCACGUGGUGUUUGUACUCAUUAUGAUGGUAUGAAAUUGGCUCCACUUUGUGAACGAGCUGGAUUAGCUCAACGGGCGAUUGAAUGUUAUGUAACGGCACAAAAUGAAGAUCCUGAUCUUGAUAAUCUUUCAAAUAUUCGUCGUUGUCUUUCUCAUGCACAAACUUUUAAUCCAGAGUGGCUUAUUGAAUUCUUUGGUAAACUCAGUCAAUCGGAUAGUAUGAAAUGUUUAGAGGAUCUUCUGCAAAAUCAUCGACAAAAUUUUAAAGUCAUUGUUCAAGUAGCUACAAGAUAUAGUGAUGCUCUUGGAGCUCAUAAACUUAUUGAACUAUUUCUGGAACGUAAAAUGUACGAUAUUUUAUAUUAUUAUCUUGGUGCUAUUGUACCGUACACACGAGAUCCUGAAAUUCAUUUUCGUUAUAUUGAAGCCGCAGCAGAAGUUGGUCAAGCACAAGAACUUGAACGAAUGACUCGUGAGAGUCCUUGUUAUGAUCCAGAACGUACAAAGAAUUAUUUAAAAAAUAAAAAAUUAACUGAUCUAUGGCCACUUAUUAACGUAUGUGAUCAACACAACUAUAUAGAUGAACUUGUACGUUACUUGAUGGAAACCGAUAAUGAGAGUCUUAUUGAGCAAUAUGUUCAACGUCGUAGUCCAGGAAAAACUCCAGCUGUAGUGGGUGCCCUUAUAGAUUGUAAUGCUCGAGAAGAUUUUAUCAAAUCAGUUCUUAAUGCUGUAGGUACAAUGUGUCCUAUUGCGGAAUUGGUACAAGUGGUAGAAGAACGUGGACGUUUACGUCUUAUUCAAGGAUGGUUAGAAGCUCGCCUCGCUGAGAAGAAAACAGAUGUGGCUCUUCAUAAUGCACUUGGAAAAUUAUAUGUGGAUACCGAUAAUGGAGCAGAGAAAUUUCUUACAGAAAAUGAAUACUAUGAUACUUUGGAACUUGGUAAAUACUGUGAAAACCGAAAUCCAAAUUUAUCCUAUAUUGCUUACUCUAAAGGACAUCACAGUCAAGAAUUGGUGGAGCUUGCCAGCAAAAAUGGAAUGUGGAAACAACUUGCUCGAUAUUUGGUACGAGAGCAAAAUCUCGAGUUAUGGGCUUCUGUAUUAAAGAAUGAUACAAGUGAUCGUGCUCGUCUUGUAGAAGCCGUACAGCAAGUUGCUCUACCAGAGUCUCAAGUUAGUGAAGAAGUGAGUACAACCGUAAGAGCUUUUAUGAAUGCAGAGAUGACUCAUGAGUUAACAUCUAUGCUAGAUCAAAUUGUGGUACGAGGACAUUUUAGGAAAAAUCGUUUUCUUGAAAAUCUUCUUAUUAUGUCAGCUAUUCGAGCACGGAAAGAUAAGGUAAUGGAAUAUGUUACAACCUUAGAAAAUUAUGAUGCCAAAGAGAUUGCGAAUAUUGCUACAGGUGCUGAAAUGCAUGAAGUAGCCUAUACGGUUUAUGAUAAACAUGGGAUGAAGAAAGAAGCUGCAACGGUACUUUUACGAGAUUUAAAAGAUAUCUCUCGUGGUCGUUCCUAUGCACAGAAGUGUGAUAUUGCUCCUGUUUGGACAGUAUUGGGAGAAUAUUUACUUGCUGCAGAUGAAGUUCAUGAAGCUAUUGAAGUUCUUAUUCGUGCAAAAAAUCCAGAUUUUGUAGAAGCCGUUACCGCUGCUGCAGAACGAAAUAAUCAAUUUGGUGAUCUUAUUAAAUAUCUUACCAUGGCUCGUGUGGAGUCUCGAACAAAGGAUAAUAAGAUUGAUACCGCAUUAGUAUUAACGUAUGCGAAAACUGGAAGACUUGCAGAACUUGAAGAAUUCCUAAAGGAAACUCAUAAUGUACAAAUUCAGGCUGUGGCGGAUAAAUGUUUUGAGGAUGGAUUGUAUGAUUCUGCCCGGGUAUUAUACACCAUAGCCUCUGAUUUCCCUAAAUUGGCUUUAACACUUAUACGAAUGAAUAACUUACAAGCCGCUGUGGAAGCUGCUCAGAAGGCGCAAUCAAGAAAAACAUGGACAGCUGUUAAUAUUGCUUGUCUAGACGCCAAUGAAAUUAAAUUAGCUAAUAUGACUGCAGUUCCUCUUGUUUUACAAGCUGAACUUAUGCAAGAUGUUGUGGAUCGUUAUGAAGAACGAGGUCUUUGGGAAGAACUUUUAACUGUUCUUAAGACUGCAUCUGUUACUCCAGGUGCACAUAUGGGUAUUUUCACAGUUAUGGGAGUUUUACUGGCAAAAUACAAACCGGAGAAAUUAUUGGAACAUGUAAAUAUGUAUUCAAAGAAGAUUAAUACACACAAAAUGAUUGCCGCAUGUGAACAGUAUCAUCAUUGGUUGGUAUUACGAGUAUUACAUGUAAACAAUGAGGAUUGGCUUGCAGCUGCAAAUACUAUGAUGCAACACUAUGCAGAUGCUUGGGAUCAUGAAAUAUUUAAAGAUGUUGUCAGUCAUCUUGGAGCUAGUGAUGUAGUUUAUAAUUCCAUCACAUUUUAUCUUCAAACACAUCCGCAGCUUUUAAAUGAUUUCCUCUCCAGUAUGUUUAAAACAUUAGACCCUGAACGUGUACUUAUAGAAGUAACUAAAUUGGCACCUGUACACUUUAUUCGUCAAUAUCUUGAGUCUACACAAGAUCGAAACUCUAGGCGAGUAAAUGAAGCAUUGAAUAAACUUUACAUGGAAGAAGAAGAAGAUUAUGUUGCCUUAAGAAAUUCUGUGGAACAUUAUGAUAAUUUUGAUUCUGCUGAAUUAAGUGCACGUUUGGAAAAGAUGGAAUUAUUUGAGUUCCGUAAAAUUGCUCUCUUUUUACACCGUCGUAAUAAGCGUUAUUCUCACGCUAUUGCUGUGGCAAAGGAGAAUAAACUUUUCCAAGAUGCUAUUGAAACUGCUGCUGAAAGUGCAGAUCCAAAUCUUGUGGAGGAUCUUCUUGACUUUUUCGUAGAUGAUCACCCAGAGUGUUUUGUCUCUUGCCUCUAUACAUGUUAUGACUUCCUUUCACCUCAAGUGGUAUUGGAGAAAUCAUGGAUGAAGAAACGCACAGAUCUUGCUAUGCCAUUCCUUAUUCAAUCUAUUCAAGACUACACCUCACGGGUCAUUCGUAUUGAGAAGUCCAUGUUAGAUGCGCAGCAGUCCGCAAAGGAGGCAGCCAAACGUGCGGGUCCACUCCACACAAACGCCAAUGAUCCAUUAAUGAUUCAGGCAGGACCAACAAAUCCAAUCCCUAUGCAAAUGCCAGGGCCAAUCCCUAUGCAAAUGCCUAUGCAGAUGCCAAUGGGUGGAGUCCCACCAGGGAAUUAUGGUAUGCCACAGCAGUAUGGUAAUGGAAGGCCAUACUAA